AGAAAUGAUGAAUUUAGCAAUACAUUAAAAAAUCAGCAAAUAUUGUAGAAAACGAGGCCAACUAAAUAAUUUCCUUUACCUGCGGUCGUAGUGCACGGGGAAUUUGAAAACUCCAAAGCCUGGGGUGCCGUCACAGGUAAAGUUUGGGAACCCCUAAGCUAAAACAUUGAAAUUUACUGGUAAAACUAUGUCCAUCGUGCCGUGAAACGCUAAGUCAGAAACAACUACAUUUCCCGUGAUGCUCCUUGGUGAUACGUCAGCGUACCUAGCCCAAUCACUGGCUUUGGAGGUUUUCUUGAGCCGGAAAAACAACCUCUUUUCCAUUUCAAAGUCUGCGGGUUAUGUCCUCCUGUUUUGAAACUUUAAAGCGCUAAACAGGAGAAACAAUCUCUUCGUCUUAACUUAACCGUAAAAUAUGAGCCAGUUUAGGAUUUUAAUCGCGUUUGUAACGUUUAAUAUAAGCUCGCCGACUAGAAACUUGUAAAGUCUAUGUAGUUAGCCCUCAGUGUAUCCACAGCUAACGUGCUGUAUAAAUGGACGAAAGUGACUAAACAAAUGGAGAUCACCCCAAAAGCAGCCAAAUUAAAAUCAGUGUAUCCUUCACCAUGUGAUUCAGUGGAGUCAAGCCCCUCUGAAUGUAACGAGGAAAAGCAGCAUCAGAAGCUGAGCUCCUCUCUAAAGGAGAGGCUGAAGAGAACAAGGCGCUCAUUCACCUCGCCCUUUUCUGUGGCCAAACGCCUUUGUGUGGAUGAGGAGGAGGAGGAUGGCCGACAGGUUUCAACAGAUUCCCUAAAGACAGUUAAUAACUCUCCACAGAUCAUCCCCAGUGUUGAUGUAAACAGGAAUGAAGUGAGAACAGGGAGUGAAACGUUUUCUGGACCCAUUCCCGAACCAGCACCUCCUCCUUCCAAAGACUUUGCACAACAACGAGACCAACUGAGGAAGGAGGUGAAAGACAAGAUGGAGACUCUGCGCAGACUCAAGAUGGUUCAGAUGUACAGAAGCAAGAAUGAUCUCACCCAGCUCCAGACCCUCAUCGACAAGUGGCGAAGCUGUGCUCAGGCUGCUCUGUGUGAGCUCCAGUCAGAGGUUCCUGUAGACGGACGUAAGGCCAGCCUGUCAGAGCUUGUCGACCUGUUUGGCCUGGAUGAUGGUAUUUUGCACUUUGAUCGCAUAGAGGAGGACUUCACCACCUGAUGUGGUGUUCUUAACAACAUUGUUCAGUUGUUAAGACCAAAGAAAAAUCUCAUUUCAAAUAUUCUGAGUUAAUUUAUUGUUGUAUUUGUUGCUGCUGUUCUGUUUGGAUUCACAGCUGCUGUUGUGUAUGAGUGCUGCAAAGAGAGUUAUAAAUAAAAUCUGUUAUUUGUUGUA